AUGGCUACUGGAACCGAUGAUUCAGAUUGUGCCGCUGUCUGGGGCGACUUUGUCGAUUCAGAUGACCAGUGCGACGUCGAGGAUGCAGCCGAACCAGCUGAGCGAUACGACGAGGGGCUCUAUUAUCCAAUCUGCAUCGGAGAAAUCCUCAUCAACAGGUAUCGUGUUGAGCAUAAGCUGGGUCAUGGCGGCUUCUCAACCGUCUGGAUGGCACAUGACAUGGUCAACAACAACGACGUUGCUCUCAAGAUAAUGACCCCUGGGCCUCCUGCUGAGCGAGAAUAUACCGCGCAAGAUAUGAUCGCCACUACAGUGCAGGACACCUCCCGCCUCUUGUUAUACAGAGAGACCUUCCUGCUGCCCGCCCCCACGACACAACACAGGGUCCUGGUCUUCCCCUUGCUGGGCCCCAGCCUACGGACACAUGCCUCGUCCAUGUCUGUUGCCGCCCGGAUGUCGUCUGCCAAGCAACUGCUGCAAGCCAUCAAGGCUUUACACGACGGCGGAGUCGUACAUAGAGACAUCAACAGUUCUAAUGUCUUAUACGGUCUCACUCCCUUCAAAAGUGGCACCGAUUUAGUUACCAAGUACGAGUAUCUUGGGCGUCCACGGAAAAUGCAUAUACCUACAUGUAAGCCCAUGUGGAAAGAGGGCGAGCUGGUCAUGCCUAUUUCUCCGCAUAAGUCUCUGGUACAGGAGACGGUCACCCUCGCCGACUUUGGCUUGGCUGUCAAGUCUGACACCUCCGUGGAGUGCAAAGGCGAGCCUCCUGCUAUCUACUGCGCCCCAGAACGAUUCCACGGUGUAGAAUCGGGCUUUGCGUCAGACAUGUGGAGCUAUAUGUGUAUAUUUGCCGAUCUCUGCAUAGGCUUUUCCCUGUUCCGUGGCUCGGUACCCCGUUCAGCCCUGGACUUUAUGGUGAGGAGCCUCGGGCCCCUUCCAUCGAAAUGGAGGGGCUCUUACGACGGUGGUGGGCAAUACGAUGAGUCUUGGUAUAACCAGAAUAGAGGACCAGAUUCCCAUCAAACUCUGGAAGCCAAGAUCGAGCGUUCGCGCUAUGAGAUAAGCCCCGUUGAGAAAGAGCUAGUGCGCUCUAUACUGCAGAGGGGUCUAUCGUAUCUCCCGGAGCAUCGCUUGAGCGCUGGUCAGCUUCUCGAGGAUGCAUCGUUCAAGGAGCUGAUGGCUUCGUACGGACUUUAG